CAUACAGUUAAUCUAUCUAAAGAGGAAGAAAGAGGGAAAAGGGAGCGACCAACCAACUAACGUGUGAUUCAUAUGACUAUUAAUAAUUAAAUAAAUAAAAGAAGAAAAGGCCCAAAUUCCCAAUUGGCCAAAAAAAAUCCAAUCCCUGGUUUGAUUGCAAAGAAAGAACCUUUUUCAUUCAUUGAUUCGUUCUUGUUCUUCAAUCCUAGGGUUUUAGUUAAAUUAGUUUGCUCAAAUUUGAGAUUUUGUUAGUUUAUCAAAAAAGGUUGUAGAAAUUUGAUUUGCCCAAAUUAUCAAUUGGCCAAAAAAAGAAAAAAAAAUCUAAUCCCUGGUUUGAUUUCAAAGAAAGAACUUUUUUUUUUCUUUCACUCAUUGAUUCAUCUGUAUUGUUCAAUCCUAGGGUUUUAGUUAAAUUAGUUUGUUAGUUCAAAUUUCAGAUUUUGUCAAUUUAUUAAAUUUGAUUUGAAGAAGAAGAAGGAGGAUGAUGAUGAUGAAUAAUGAAUGGUCAGAAAGGGAGAAGCAGAAGGAAAUGGAGGAUGAUCGGAUGAUCGCCCAAGUUCUCACCGAAGAAUAUGCUCACUUGGACGGUGCUCUCGCUAGACGCCUCUCCAAUUUGGCUCCUCUUCCUCAUGUUCCUCGCAUCAAUUCGUUCAUCCCUAACUUAAGCGAUGCUACUUUGGAUCAUCACCGUCUUCUCCAGAGGUUAAAUGUUUAUGGUUUACGUGAAGUUAAGGUCUCCGGCGAUGGAAAUUGCCAGUUUCGUGCGAUUUCUGAUCAGAUUUACCGUUCGCCGGAGUAUCACAAACAUGUGCGCAAAGAUAUUGUGAAACAGCUUAAGGGGUUUCGCUCUCUGUAUGAUAGUUAUGUCCCAAUGAAGUACAAACGCUACUACAAGAAAAUGGCUAAACUUGGUGAAUGGGGUGACCAUGUUACUUUACAAGCAGCAGCUGAUAAGUUUGCAGCAAAGAUAUGCCUUUUGACAUCAUUCAGAGACACUUGUUUUAUUGAAAUCAUGCCACAAUAUCAAGCACCGAAGCGUGAGUUGUGGCUGAGUUUCUGGUCUGAGGUUCAUUAUAAUUCACUUUAUGAAAUCCAAGCUGCUCCAGCACAGCAGAAGCCAAGGAAGAAGCAUUGGUUGUUCUAGAUAAACCAGAUUUUAUCGAAAUUAAUCACUCUGAGAUGCUGCAUUUGUGCACAUUUAUCGCAACCCGUCAACUCUUAUGUUUCAUUAGUUGAUAGGUGAUCUUGGUACAAUUUUACUCACACACACAAGCUCCACUUUUUUUGGUCUCUCUGUUGUAAAUUUUUUUAUUUAUUGAUGUUGUUGUUUUAAGGAUGGAUCAUUUAUAUUCUUUGGAAUAGUGUAAUUCUUUGAUUUGUUUAUGGGUCUUUGAGUAAAUAUUGAUUGAAAGGAAAGCUGUUAUUGAGUAAUGACAAGCCAGGGAAAUCGGUUCAAAGUUCUCAUUACAAAUUUUUAGACAGGAAUAAUAGAAAAAGGAAAAAAGAAGGAAAAAAACAGUUGGUGAAUAAUAUUUAAGGCAGGGAAAAAAUCUUAUUAAAAUGAUUGGAUUGGGAAUCUCAUUUCCACUGAUUGGCUACAAUGUCAGCCAGAUCCACAACCCUCUGUGAGUAACCCCACUCAUUAUCAUACCAAGCAAUGACCUUAACCAUGUCAUCUCCCAUAACCAUUGUCAACGAAGAAUCGACGGUGGAUGAUACAUCGGUGCAUCUGAAAUCGACGGAGACAAGAGGCUCAUCACAGACAGAGAGAAUGCCAUUGAGUUCCUUAUCAGCACUUUCUCUGAAAGCAGCAUUAACCUCCUCAGCAAAAGUCUUUUUAGAGACUUGAACAACAAGGUCGACGACUGAGACAUUAGGUGUGGGGACUCGAAGAGCAAUUCCAUUGAGUUUGCCUUUGAGUGAAGGGAGGACAAGGGAAACAGCCUUGGCUGCACCAGUUGAAGUUGGAACAAUGUUGAGUGCAGCAGCACGAGCACGACGAAGAUCACGGUGGCUGGCAUCGAGCAACCUUUGGUCACCGGUGUAGGAGUGAGUUGUGGUCAUGGUGCCUUUGAUGAUGCCGAAUUUCUCAUCAAUAACCUUCACAAAGGGGGCAAGGCAGUUGGUGGUGCAAGAGGCAUUACUGAUGAUUGGCUCAUCGUGGCUGUAGCCAUCGGCGUUCACUCCCACCACGUAGGUGGGAAUGUCACCCUUUCCCGGGGCAGUAAUGAGCACCUUCUUGGCUCCUGCCUCAAUGUGCUUGCCUGCACCAUCUCUGUCCACAAACACACCUGUGCCUUCUAUGACAAGGUCAAUCCCCAACUCC